CGGAUGUUCACUCUGCUGAAGCACGUUCCGCUCUCUGUGCCUGUGAAGUUACUCUCCAGCGUGCAGCGUUUCUCUCCGGAUAAAUCCUCCCGUCGUCUGUUCCAGGAUUCUCGGAACCAUGAGCUGUGAUGGUGUCAGUGUGAAGACAGCGAGCCGGAGUGUGUCCCCCCACUGUCCCAAACCCGACGAGUCCGAGGAGCCGCUGGGCACCGCCAUGGAGACCGGCGCCAACCACGGUCUGCUCCGCUCCGUCUCCCGCGUCCCGCCGCCGCCCGGAGCUCCUCUAACCCCUGAACGCUGCGAUUGUGUUGAAGAGGCGACGGCUGAGCGCUGUGAGGGGGUGAUCACCCAGCAGAUGGAGGAGGAGGAGCAGCAGCUGAUGGAGGAGGGCGAGAGGAAGGAGAGGGAGAUGAUGGAUCAGGCCCGACAGUCCUGGGAGAGGGACUCUCAAGACCUGCGCUUCAAGAGGCUGCAGCACCUGCUGCAGAAGAGCAACAUCUACUCCAAGUUCCUGCUGACCAAGAUGGAGCAGCAGCAGAACGAGGAAAAAGAGAGGAAGGACAAAGUGGAGAAGAAGAUGCUGAACUCCAAGAGUCCAGAGCCUGAGAAAGGGAAAAAGAAGAGGAGGAGGAAGGAGGACGACUACAGAAUCGCUGACGUGAUGUCGAAGGAGGAGAUCAUCUCACACGCCAAGAAGGCCAAAGUGGAUCCAGAGGAGGAGGCGACGGCCAACAGGAAGCUGGAGGCCGAGGAGAUCGAGAAGAUGAGCGACUCCAACCAAGACAUCAAGAAGCGGAUGUCGCAGACGAUCCGGGACAACGCCAAGCAGCUGCUGGACCCCUGCAGGACGGUGGACGGACAGCCGGUCCCCGCCCAGCAGCCGCUGCUCUUCACCGGGGGGGUGAUGAGGUGGUACCAGAUCGAAGGCAUCGAGUGGCUCCGGAUGCUGUGGGAGAACGGGAUCAACGGGAUCCUGGCCGACGAGAUGGGCCUGGGGAAGACCAUCCAGUGCAUCGCCCACAUCGCCAUGAUGAUCCAGAAGAAGGUGACCGGACCCUUCCUGGUGGUGGCCCCCCUCUCCACCCUCAGCAACUGGAUGAAGGAGUUCAAGCGCUUCACCCCUGAGGUGUCGGUGCUGCUGUACCACGGUCCUCAGCCGGAGCGGGCCAAGCUGCUGCAGCAGGUCCGCAGACCUCAGGGGAGCCUCGGCAUGUUCCCUGUGGUGCUCACCUCCUUCGAGAUCGCCAUGAUUGACCGCAAGUUCCUCCAGCGCCACCAGUGGAAGUACCUGAUCGUGGACGAAGGCCACCGGAUCAAGAACCUGAACUGCCGCCUGGUGCGCGAGCUGAAGACGCUUCCCACCGACAACAAGCUGCUGCUGACCGGCACGCCGCUGCAGAACAACCUGGCCGAGCUCUGGUCCCUGCUCAACUUCCUGCUGCCCGAGGUCUUCGACGACCUCAAGAGCUUCGAGUCCUGGUUCGACAUCGACUCCCUGGGGGAACCCGACAGCGUGGUGGUGGCCGAGCGGGAGCAGAACAUCCUCAGCAUGCUGCACCAGAUCCUGACUCCGUUCCUGCUCCGGAGGCUGAAGAGCGACGUGGCGCUGGAGGUUCCUCCCAAGAAGGAGAUCAUCGUGUACGCCCCUCUGACCGCCAAGCAGGAGGCGCUCUACACCGCCGUGGUCAACAAGACCAUCGCCAAGAUGCUGGGCCAGGACAAGAAGGAGGAGGUGGUGGUGCUGUCCCCCCACGGCAGGCCGAAGCGCCGCAGUCGCCGGGUGGUGGACUACAGCGAGCUGGACCUGGAGGAGUACCUGGACAGAGUCAGCCGAGAGACGGACCAGAGCCCCCCCGUCCUGGACCUGUGCAGCCCGCUGGACGCUCAGAUCACCCUGAAGCUGAAGAACAUCAUCAUGCUGCUGAAGCGCUGCUGCAACCACCCCUACCUGGUGGAGUACCCCCUGGACCCCGCCACGCAGGAGUUCAAGAUUGAUGAGCAGCUGGUGAAGGUCUCGGGGAAGUUCCUGAUCCUGGACAGACUGCUCCCCGUCCUGAAGGAGCGAGGACACAAGGUGCUGAUCUUCAGCCAGAUGACGUCCAUCCUGGACCUGCUGGUGGACUACUGCUUCCUGAGGAGCUUCCAGUACAGCCGGCUGGACGGCAGCAUGUCCUACACUGACAGAGACCACAACAUGACCAGGUUCUCGUCGGACCCGGAGGUCUUCCUCUUCCUGCUGAGCACCAGGGCGGGGGGGCUGGGCAUCAACCUGACGGCCGCCGACACCGUCAUCAUCUUCGACAGCGACUGGAACCCUCAGGCGGACCUGCAGGCCCAGGACCGCUGCCACCGCAUCGGGCAGACCAGGCCUGUGGUGGUCUACAGACUGGUCACCGCCAACACCAUCGACCAGAAGAUCCUGGAGAGGGCGUCGGCCAAAAGGAAGCUGGAGCAGAUGGUCAUCCACAAGAAUAAGUUCAAAGGCGGGAAGGCGGCGCUGAACCAGGGGCGGAGCUGCAUCGACCUGGACGAGCUGAAGGAGCUGCUGGAGGCCAGAGGAGCCGAGAGAGAGGUGAAGUCCAGCAGGGGGAAGGUGAUCAGCGACAAAGACCUGGAGCUCCUCCUGGACCGCUCCGACUUGCUGGAUAAGGAGAAGAGCGGCGUGACGAAGGAGAAGGUGGGGGUGUUCAGGGUGCUGGACGCCUCGGAGUCUGCAGACAUCUCGCUGACCUGACGGAGCCGCCGGACCGCCGCCGUCUCCCACCGCCAUGUUCCUGCUGUCGUCAUGGAGACGAGCGGAGGAACCGUCCAUCCUCUGUCCUCGUUGAAAUGAGCGCACUUUUCUGUCUUUCAAAGUUUAAUAAAACUUUCAUUUUUA